CUAGGCUUUGGUUAAAUCUUUCAACGAACUUAAAAACCUCAACUAACAAUCUCCAUCUCUUUUCUUGAGAUUAGAGUUAAAUCUCUAUCUCUCUCUCUGAUUUCCACAAACAGAGCAACAUCUUUUUCUCAGGAUUGCUUGAAACCUGGAGAAAUCUUUAAGGUUAUAGACCAAUAAAACAGAAAGAGAUCUGAGAGUACAAGAAGAAGAAGAAGAAUGGUUACUAUAUCAGUCUGGCCUUGGGAAAACUAUGACAAUCUUAAGUAUCUUCUAUACGCUCCUUUAGCAGCACAAGUGGCGUACUCAUGGACAUACGAACAAGACUACUCAAGGGCUCUAUGGUGUCUUCAUAUCCUCAUCAUCUGUGGACUCAAAGGACUCGUUCAUGUCCUUUGGAGCGUUUACACCAACAUGCUUUGGGUGACUCGCACUCUAAGGAUUAACCCUAAUGGUAUCGACUUUAAACAGAUUGAUCACGAAUGGCACUGGGACAAUUAUAUACUUCUGCAAGCAAUAAUAGCGAGCAUGAUCUGUUACAUGUCUCCUCCAUUGAUGGUGAUGAACAGUAUUCCUCUCUGGAACACGAAAGGACUAAUCGCAUUAAUUGUGAUACAUGUGACUUUCUCAGAGCCUUUAUACUAUUAUCUUCAUAGAUCAUUUCAUCGCAACAACUACUUCUUCACUCAUUACCAUUCUUUCCACCACUCAUCUCCUGUUCCACACCCCAUGACUGCUGGGAACGCGACUUUAUUGGAAAACCUUAUCCUCUGUGUAGUAGCUGGAGUUCCUUUGAUUGGUUCUUGCUUGUUAGGUGUUGGAUCAAUAAGCUUGAUCUACGUAUACGCUAUCAUGUUUGAUUUCUUAAGAUGUUUAGGUCAUUGUAACGUUGAAAUCUUCUCUCACAAGUUAUUCGAGACUCUACCAAUCCUACGUUAUCUCAUCUACACUCCAACGUACCAUAGUCUGCAUCAUCAAGAAAUGGGGACCAACUUCUGUCUCUUUAUGCCUCUCUUUGAUGUUUUGGGCAACACACUUAACUCAAACUCAUGGGAACUCCAAAAGAAGAUUCGUUUGGCUUCAGGGGAACGGAAGAGAGUGCCGGAGUUUGUGUUCUUGGCUCAUGGGGUAGAUGUGAUGUCAGCAAUGCAUGCACCGUUUGUGUUCAGAUCGUUCGCUUCAAUGCCAUACACAACGAGACUCUUCUUGCUGCCCAUGUGGCCAUUCACGUUCAUGGUGAUGUUAGGCAUGUGGCUUUGGUCAAAGGCUUUUCUUUUCAGCUUCUAUACCCUCAGAAACAAUCUUUGUCAGACUUGGGGAGUUCCAAGAUUCGGUUUCCAAUACUUUUUACCGUUUGCUACACAAGGCAUUAAUGAUCAGAUCGAGGCUGCGAUUCUGAGAGCUGAUAAGAUUGGUGUUAAAGUCAUAAGCUUGGCUGCUCUGAACAAGAACGAAGCUUUGAAUGGUGGUGGGACAUUGUUUGUCAACAAGCAUCCUGACCUUAGAGUUCGUGUGGUUCAUGGGAACACUUUAACCGCAGCAGUGAUUCUCAAUGAAAUUCCAAAAGGUGUUGAAGAGGUGUUCUUGACAGGAGCCACUUCUAAGCUCGGAAGAGCCAUCGCUCUUUACCUCUGUCGUCGAGGAGUGAGAGUUCUCAUGUUGACAUUAUCGGUAGAAAGAUUCCAAAAGAUUCAGAAAGAAGCUCCUGUUGAGUUCCAAAACUACCUCGUACAAGUGACUAAAUACAACGCUGCACAACACUGCAAGACAUGGAUCGUUGGGAAGUGGUUAACACCAAGGGAGCAGAGUUGGGCUCCAGCAGGAACUCAUUUCCACCAGUUUGUAGUGCCACCAAUUCUAAAGUUUAGAAGGAACUGCACUUAUGGCGAUCUAGCAGCUAUGAGGCUCCCUAAAGAUGUUCAAGGACUAGGAAGCUGCGAGGUAAAUAAGAAGGGUUUGGUUAAUAAUCAAGUCUUGUUUUGUGUCUUUAUCCUUUUAGUUCAUUAUACUAAACUCUUACGUGUCUUUGUGUGUGUGUGGCAGUACACAAUGGAUAGAUGUGUGGUGCAUGCGUGUCAUGCAGGAGGAUUGGUUCAUAUGCUGGAAGGUUGGAAGCAUCAUGAGGUUGGAGCCAUUGAUGUUGACCGUAUAGAUCUGGUGUGGGAAGCAGCCAUGAGACACGGCCUUAGCUCUGUGUCUUCCACUCACUAGUUGAGUGUGAAGAGACCCUUUUGUUUUGUUGUCUUUGACUCUCCCAAGGUUGGCCAUUCUUUGUACAGAUGAAAGGUGUAAGAAGGGAAACAAAAAAAGAGAGUAGAAUGUCACCUUCUGUUAUUGUUUCACCUUUUUAUCAAAGAUGUAUUUUACUUUUUCCAUUUCCGUAAUAGUAUUUAUAUGUGCACCUAGUUUCCAAGAAGCUUUAAUUAUCCAGCUUAAUCGCCCCUCUGUUGGUAGUUAGGUCAAUCAAUGAACAAAGUGUCUUCAAUGUG